GUACAAACAAACGUGGUCCAUCGGACGUCGCACCCAGGUUGAUGCUUCCCUGUGCCCGAGUUGUGUUUUCAUACUUUCAUGCUCUCUGGUGUUGUUUGCAGCCGAGUUGCUUGAAACUGGCUUGAACUUACGCUUUCGCAGCUGUUAUGGCAUUCGGGAGUAAUUAAAACUUCAAAAAUUCACGAAAAAGCUGUUGUUUAAGACGACAUAUACAGUUGUAGAACGCUGUUUAUCAUUUUAGAAAUAAGAUAAUGAAGAGAGUAAUCUUGUUUAAAAAUGGAACUGAGGUUGAUGGGAAAGUUUUAUUAGUGACUCAUUCUUUGGAGGACUUGCUGACGUCUGCGAGUUCGAAAUUCAGCAUUGUUGCAAAACGUCUCUUUACGGCCAAGGGAGGAGAAAUUGACGAUUUAAAACUAAUUAGAGAUGAUGAUAUUUUGUAUGUAUCAGCUGGGGAAAACUUUAUUCCUCUGGCAUCAACGCAGUCCUCCAUAAGCUCUAAUACUGCACCAGCUGCUACUUCAAAUAAAGUUCAGACCUGCAACAAAUUAAAUUCAGAAUGGGUUACCUUAAAUGUAGGAGGGAAAUAUUUUACAACGUCUCGUAGCACUUUAACUACCAAAGAACCUAUGAGUAUGUUAUCACGAAUGUUUGCAGAAGGUGAAAAUGGUUUUCUAAUGACACCAAGCAAUGUGGAUAAGAAUGGUGCCUACCUAAUUGAUCGUAGCCCUACUUAUUUUGAACCACUUCUCAAUUAUCUUCGAAAUGGGCAACUUAUUUUUGACAACAAUGUAAAUCCAGAAGGUGUUCUUGAAGAAGCAAGGUUCUUUGGUAUAGAAUCAUUAGUUCCACAGCUGGAAGCUCUUAUUCAGUCAAGCCAGCGAUCAAGAGAUAACGUACCAUUAACCAGAAGGGAUGUUGUGAAUGCUCUGAUCCUCACUCCAUACACUGCAGAGCUGAGAUUUCAAGGGGUCAAUCUAGCUGGAUCUGAUUUAUCUAGACUUGAUCUACGCUAUAUAAAUUUUAAGUAUGCUUGUUUGCAUGGUUGUCGAAUGGUUGGGGCCAACUUAAGCUGGUGUUGCCUAGAACGUGCAGAUCUGUCCCAUGCACAGUUAGAAGGAGCGCAGUUACUUGGUGUGAAAAUGUUGUGUGCCAAUUUGGAAGGAGCCAAUCUGCGAGGAUGUAAUUUUGAAGAUCCUGCUGGAAGUCGAGCAAAUAUGGAAGGUGUGAACUUGAAAGGUGCCAAUUUGGAAGGAAGUAAUAUGGCUGGUGUUAACUUGCGAGUUGCAACUCUCAAAAAUGCCAAUCUUCAAAACUGUGACCUUCGAGCUGCAGUACUGGCUGGAGCUGAUUUAGAGAAUUGUGAUUUAUCAGGAAGUGAUCUCCAUGAAGCUAAUUUACGAGGAGCCAAUUUGAAGGAUGCUGCAUUUGAAUUAAUGCUCACUCCGUUACAUAUGUCUCAAACAAUCCGCUAAGUGUUCAAAGAACUAACUCUGAUUAUUCAUUAUUAGGACUGGUCAUAAUUCUUCUCUUCCUUGCAAUAUUUUCUGUAUUUCCCUUUGUUUGGAAACCACAUUGCAGUACAUGUACUCAAAACUUCGGGAAAAUAAUUAGUGAUGUAUAAUGUCAUUUAUUUGGGACUAUAAAGAUUUUUUGAUGUGUGGGAUCUGAAAGAAAGAUUUCUGAAGAAAGCGCAAACAAGUAAUUUUUUCAUGUACAUUGUUGCUUAACAAAUUCCUUUGCUACACCAAAUGUAUUCUUGUUGUGGGUUGAUAAGUUUUGAAACAAAAAUGAUAGAAAAUUAUCGUCUUUUUGAUGAGACCCUGGUAGAAUAGAUGUAGCACAUUGAAAGGUAAAUGAGAUUUCUGGUUAUUAGUAAUAAAUCUUGAAACUUAAUAAGCAUAUUCAAGUUAAAUAAAUAAUGAAAUAUUGUUAUUAUAGUCACAAAUAUCAAUAAUACAAAUAUUUAUUUCAGUGAGAGAGUGUCAUAUUAUUGAGAAACAUAUUUUUGUUGAACUUAAUAAUUGGCCAUAUUCAUCCUUGAAUAUAUAUAUUUAAUAAGAAUUAUCAGAUAUGACUACAAUUUCGUCUAUUUUCUACAACUUUUCUCUAGUCAAAGUUAGAUUACAGUAAUUUUAAGGUGACAUCUCAGUACAAGUUACUGUAAAAGUCUGAGGAAACAGUAUUAUGUUUUAUAUUUAAUUCUAACAGCUGAUACUUGUUUUCUGAAAAGUAAAUUUAGUAAAUCAUGCACAGUGUACCAUAACAUGAAAAAUAAGAUACCGUGUUGAAUGUUACAUUUAAGUGUUAUUAUUUAAUGUUAUACUUCUGACUAUGCAUACUCAAAUUAAUGUAUUUAAAAGAACGUAUUUGUUUUACCAUUUCAAUAAUGUGUAUUGUUGUUCCUAUGUAAAAAUUCCUUUUCUGUCAUAAUGGUUGUCCAAUUGUUUGAGUCUUUAUUUGUUAUUUAGCAGAAAUGUUACAAGUUCAUCAUUUUUCUCAUAAGAUCCAAGUUUUUGGAUUCUUAAGAGUGAGAAGUUAGUAUGAACCAAGGUGUGUAAGUAUGCAAGGUGUCACAGAGGUCGCAAUGAACUUCAUGGUAUAUGACAUAGGGAAGUUAUCAAAGCAUAUAUAAUUUUAGAAUGUACAACAUUAAUGGAUGUUCAAUGGUAAAAAUUGCAAAGUAAAUAAUACAGUUCAAAUCACUUACUGUCAACCUUCCCUUAAAUAAGUGAAAAAAAUAACUAUGAAGUACAAAAUUAACGCUGGAAUAAUCUUGAUCUUAAUAAAAUAAUUAUGAAAUUAUGAACAAGAGGAAAGCCUUCAGGGGUUGAAUUAUUAAAGGGAUUAUAGUUUUGUUAGCUGAAAAUUUGCAACAUUUGACAUGUCAAAAAGUAAUUUUUUCAUGUACAUUGUUGCUUGACUUAAUUUAAUGCAGAAAAAUAAAAGUUGGUAUUGUUUUGUAAUGUUUAAUCAAUUACUUUUCUAAAUUGCUUUUACAAGAAAUUCCAGUAAAUGGAGUUAAGUUUAAAUGAUAAAUAGCUGGUGAAAUUCGAAAUUACUUCCAGAAAUUAUGCUCAAAGAAUGGAAGGCCUUGUGAUUGAGGAAAUAAAACAUUCAUUUACAUUUCCCAUUUAUCCUUGGAUAUGUUAGGGCACCUUGUAUAUUUGUCUGAGUAAGCACAAUGGAUUAGUAUUUUAAAAAAAUUAUUAAAUUGCUUUUAUAUCAGGCUAAGAGCAGAAAGUUGUAUAAUGGAAGUGAGAGAAUGGAGACA